AUAGUGUUAUAAGAGAAAAGGUGUUUUUAAAAUGACAAGUCUACUACGUUUAACAAGGCUCGUCCAAAAGUUUCCCUCCCUCACAGUCAGUCAGUCAGUCACCUCCUCUUUCUCUGAGUGACUCAGUCGGCGGCUCUGACUUCAGUGUUUCACGAGUUUAUUAAGUUUGCUCUUCAUCAUAGAUGGCACAGACAAUUACAAAUCUGGAUUUGGACUGGAAUGCGACGUCGCUUUUAAUCGGGAUGUACGUUUUAUAAUCGGACCUCUCAAAGAUGUGGGGACCGGAGCACUUUUCAUUCACAUGGAUCACAGGAUGUGUGUGUGUGAGUUGAGCUAGAGCUCAGGCCAGUGAUGGAGGCAGGACUGAACUGCAGCUCUCACUGUGAAUCUGGCGUCUGCUUCAUCAACGCUGGAGUGAACAGCCAGCAGGCCUGGGACGUCCUGCAGAGACUCUGUGCACUCACAGCGAGCAGUGUGGAUGUCCAGAGUCGGUCUCUGUCUCCUGCUCUUCGUGCUGUCGUGUGGACGCUGCUGUCUUGUGGGAUUUUACUGGCUCUCUUCUUCCUCAUUUUCACUCUGCGCUUUAAAAACAACAGGAUAGUGAAGAUGUCCAGUCCCAAUCUGAAUGUGCUGACCCUCUGCGGCAGCGUCCUCACAUACAGCAGCGGUUUCUUAUUCGCCAUAGAGGAGAAAUCACUGCUGUCAGGAGCAGGAGCAAGAGCUGUAUUGCAGGCACGGAUGUGGACACUAUGUAUUGGCAGCUCUCUGGUGUUUGGCCCUAUUCUUGGGAAAACCUGGCGGCUCUACAGAGUCUUCACUCAGCGUGUGCCUGACAAAAGAGUGAUUAUUAGGGACAUCCAGUUGAUGGGUUUGGUUGCUCUGCUGGUCUUAGUGGACAUUGUUGUUUUAACAGCAUGGGGUUUGAUGGAUCCUGCCAAGUGCUCUCGGUCUGUCAGUGCAAUGGUGAAGGUUAUAGACCUGGAUUCAUCCUACUCUCUGUCCCAGCUAGAUUCAUGUUCUUCUCUCUACUCACACCUGUGGAUAAUCCUCAUCUCUGUACUUAAGGGCAGCCUCCUCCUGUAUGGCACGUAUCUUGCCGGCCUGACGAGCAAUGUGAGCUUACCCCCCGUAAACCAGUCUAAGACCAUCAUGGGUGCUGUCUGUCUGGUCACCAUGUCAAGCGCCGUGGCUGUACCCAUCUCCCUUUACCUCUACUCUUGGCCUAAUGUAGUCUACAGCGUAAUAUCUGGAGCGAUCUUCAUCUGCACAAUGGCCAUCAACUGUCUUCUGUUUGUCCCUCAGCUGACCCAGUGGAGACAUUUUGAAGAGGAGACGAACUCUCAUCCCAGUCAAAUGGCCAAAUACUUCAGUAGUCCCAGCAAAACCACAAACUCCAUGUAUAGCGAGGAUGAGAUCUACUAUCUGCUUGGAGAGAACGACUCAAUGAAAAGACUUAUCAAUGAGAAAAAUGCAGUUAUUGAUAGCCUACAGGAACAAGUGAACAAUGCCAAGGAUAAGCUGCUCAAACUGAUGACUGCUAGCCAGCUCUUGGAUGAGAGAGAAAUGGACUCGUCCAACACUAACCUCAACUCCACCUCCACCCAAACCACAGUGGUAUCUCCCGAUUCUCCAACACUUGUUCUAAAACAAUACUCAGAAGUCGCUCCCACCAGAGUUCUCUCUCCACCUCCCUAUGUACCUCCUCCACCAAUUCCCAUCCACACUACCUCAAAUGCAACAUCCCCUGAAGGUCCAGGAGCUACAGAUGAGUCUUCACCACACCUGAGGACACAAGGUAACUCUUUCCUUGAAGUUGAAAGCCUAAAAGGAAACACAGAAGACAAUAUCAGAUACUCCGGUCUUGGAAAAGAAAUCUCUGAGAAACCACAAGAUGUGCCUUUGGAUCAGGAAAAAUUAACUGAGGAUUUUCCUCCUCCAGCUUCUACUCAGUUUAAUUUACCUCAGGUUGAGUCUCCAGUGCCUUCAGCCUCUGUUGAGCUCCCUGCCAUUUCCCCAGCAGGUAGACUGGGCUUUGUGACCAAUGAGCAGCUGGUGGAGAUCUUGCAGGAUCUGAGUAUAGAUGCUGUAAGCAGCUCUGUCAAAUCACCCGACAGGGCGAGGAGCCCAUCUAUCAAUCCAGAUGAACUAAGCAUGACUCUUUCUCCUCAAUCCCCUCUACAGUUCUUCUUCCCACCCAUCUCCCCUUAUGUCAUGCGGAAACGCAGGCCUCCAUUUUACUCUUCAAAAGGUGGACCUCCACCUUACUACUUUCCAGGCUCGGUUCCUCCAGGUCGAAGGAGGGGACUUCCAGACCUUGAAAAGUUCAGGGAUGAUGACCCUAUAACAAGUUCCACUGGUAACCCUCAAAGACAUGACUUGUUGCGUGAGGAAAGGAGGAGUAAAAGGGCAGAGAAAGCACAGACUCAGAGCAACUCAGGACAGGACAGUUGGCAAUGUUCUUCUCACAAAUGUUCGAUUACUCCUUUCAUGGGACAUGUUCCUCAGCCAGCCUCCGCUGGACUGAUAGAGGAGGUUAAACACUCUAAGGAGCCAUAUGACUAUUCAGACUCAGACUCCAGCAGCUCGGAGGACUACUGUUACUACCAGCGGUCCUACUGUAGAGCAUGUCAUCACCCCUAUGACUCUACAGACAGUCUCACCUCAGGGACAUCAGACAGUGAGGACGAGGAUUUCUACCGCUUAUCACAUCCUGUCGUGAACUUUAAAGUCGAUGUUAAACCAACCUUUGUGUGAUCUACAAAUCCAUUGUUUGUUUUUUGAAGUGAUGUGAUAUUUUAUUUUGUUUGGCUGGACCUUAUUAAGUUAUUGAUAUAUACAUGCGAUAGUUAAAAGAUUGAUUUUUAAAUGUUUUUCAAAGAAGCUAUGCUAAUCAAGGCUGUGUUUAUUUGAUCAUGCAGUUAAAAUACUGUAGUGGUAAGGUCUACUUAAUAUUUAGCUUUACAACCACAUGAAUUAGUUACAUUUUUACUGAAAUAAAAUAGAAAACAGAUUUUUUGAAGUUCUUUAAGGUAAAAAAAAAUGGUUCACAAUAAAAUUCCAUACUAAUGCAGCCUUGAGCAUUUACACAAUGGAGUUUAGGCACCUGAAGAUGCAAACAUUUACAUACUGGUUUUAAAUGAUGCCAUUAUUAUCUUAAUGCAAACACCAAAAACUUGAUUUCGUGAGAAAGAUCAUGUCUUGCACUUGCAUAUUACGUGUCCAUACUAUAAGUACUGUAUGUGUGACACAAUUGUGGUGGACUAGGACAACAUUCCAUUUGGAAGGGCUCAUCCCUAUACAAUAAUCCCUUCAAAGGGUUUACCCUUCGGAAACCUUUGAAGGGAUUAGGGCAUAGGGAUGAGCAUUUCCGACUAGAACGUAGUGUGUGACACUAACCAACUUCCCCAUGCAAAGGAUCAUGGCGGGCCUAAGGUGUCCAUCAGUUGUAUCCUUCAAAUUUUUCUUUUGGAAGAGCCAUUUUUAGUGGCCAGUUUUAAGCGUUUUGAACUUCAAUAUGUUGACUAUGAUUAUUUUAAUCUCAAAGUCCCCUUUGGAGGGUGGUAUAUCUUAUUUGGAAUCCACAGGGUAUGUGGGCAGGCUUAGAUUAUGUUCACAAAUCAUAUCAAACGCACAAAUAGACAUUGAUGUAGUUGCAACGUACACUUGGUACGACAAAGUAAAUUUUCCAAGGGUGUCUAAAGCACAGUGAGUUGAAAACAUCUGAACUUUUUAGCAUGACACAAGUGUACUGUGCAUCGUGUGAUAAGAAUCAACCAGCAUCAAACACUGUAUGGAUUAUAUAAAUACUUUAGUAAUAACGGUAGACUACCUCAGACAAACUCGGAGCACCCAAACACUGCAGUGCUUUUUAAUUUUCUCCAUAAAUAAAAGUUGUAUCAGAGCUGCAGCAAGGGUUUGUCAGUGGUAGUUUCUUGGAAAGCGUGGUUGAUCAUUGCUUAGCAACAAUAGACGCCACAUGUGCACAUGCGCACAGAUGUGCAAUGAAAUUAAUGAAGGAAGCAGCACGUCUUGCAUUUUCAACAUGGUUUUAGAUGCAAUAUGUGAAUGGCAACUUAAAGUCUUUCUUUAUUUGACGUCAAAUCGACAUGUCGACUAGUGGCCUUGCAUGCAUAUUACAACAUUUCAGUUAUUUACUGUAUGUGACUACACUGUAAAAAAAUAAAAAGUUGAGUUAACUUAAAAUAUUAAUGAAACCGGCUGCAAAUACAUUUUGAGUUUAUUAAGCUUCAAUGGAUUAAGUUGUACCAAAUAUUAUUUUUUAAGUUGUCUAAAAGGGCUGGUUUACGUCAAAUAUACUUUACUGAAUAAUUUGGCACAACUUCAACCACUGAAGCUUAAUAAACUCAAAGUUUCUUUGCAGCCAGUUGCUUAAAAAUUUUAAGUUAAUUCAACUUUUUAUUUUUUACAGUGGUAAACGCUUAAGUAAAUAAAUCAAAAUUCAAAGUCUCCUCAGCUGAAUUUUUUUUACUUUCAUCGAGCAAACAGGUCCAAACAUGAAGUUAAUUCGUUUUUAUGAGUAAAUUCAACUCUGAGCUCAAAAAUAUGCCCACCUAACUUCCAAUUUUAAACUGAGUUUACAUUUUUUAAGCUGGAUUUUUUACAGUGUGUAACAGAUAUAAUUUUGAAAGUUUUCUCCUAUACGCAAAACUUUUCAAAAAGACAAAGAAAAAAUUCAAUUUUAGUACAUUAGUGUCAUGUAAAUGUAUCUUAGGAAACUUCUUUUAACACAUAGGGGAAUCAUAAUUAUAUUAGUAUUCCAAUCUUAUUAUUAAUUACAAAACUUUUAACAGUAUUGUACAUUAAAAAUGCACUUCAUUCAGACUUGAAUACAGCUCUUUUUUGAUGGAAUAUUUAAAAUAAUUUAGUGGUGCUUAAAGUAAAAAGAUCUCUGCUGUAUAAUAAACAGAUCUCUUUAAUUAGUUAUUUCUAGAAGAAUUGUCAUUGAGUUGUUAAGUAUAAUUAAUUGGUAUAGUUUAUUAUUUAAAAUAAAUUCAACAGAAAAUGAUUUGACGUCAGUAUGAUUGUUUAAAUUAUACAGAUUUCUUUUAGCUUAAUAUUUUUGGGACAUGGCAAGAUCAGUGCUUGAAUUAUAUAUAGUUUGGAGAUACAUUUUAUUAAUUUACUUUAGGUCCACGCCAAAAAAAAAUUUUGCAUUAAAAGGCAUUUUAAUAGUAAUAAAAUUCAUAAUAUUACAGAAAAGCAAAAAAAAAAAUAAAUAAAAAAUGCACCUAAGGUGGUCUUGCUUCUUCUCUGAUAAUCUCAAAUAUGACCCAGUUGUCUGGGUAUGAUAACCAUAUGAAAUCAGUUGUCUGAAAGGGCUGGUUUACGUCAAGUACUUUACUGAAUAAUUUGGCACAACUUCAACCACUGAAGCCUAAUAAACUCAAAAUUUCUUUGCAGCCAGUUGCUUUAGAAUAUAUAUUUUUUAGAAUUAAAAGGCACUUUAAUAGUAAUAAAAUUCAAAAUAUUACAGAAAAACAACAACAACAACAAAAAAAAUAGACCUAAAUUGGUCUUGCUUCUUCUCUGAUAAUCUCAAAUAUGACCCAAUGUGAAUAAAUCUGUGGUCUUUCCUGUGUUUGUUUAAAAAGUUUUUUUUGUUUAAAUAUACAGUAUUUGUUCUAAAAUAAUAAAUGUAGCUUAAUAAGUAGUUUCAGAAAUAUCCUGACUUUUUCUCUUUCAAAGUUAUUUUCCAGACAGAUUUUACAAUCCUAUUGACAUAACUUUAUUUUGAAACAAUGUAGCCUACAAUGAAUAUAUUAGCUAUAUGCACAUGGAGUCAAAAUAACAGAAAAUGAUCAGCUGUGAAAUUAGUUAGUUGUGUGUUUUAUAAUGUGGACUAUUAAAUCUUUUAAUAUGUGAUUAACUGAUUAAUCAAUUAAUAUGCAAUAUUAUAACACUUCAUUUUAAAGGCUACAUAUAACAUUUCAGGGUCGUGGCUUUGAAGUUGCAUUUUGCGAUGACUGAUUGUGUUGUAGUAUAUUUGUAUUUAUUUUUGGUGAGUUGCAGCUGUUUUACAGAAGAUAAUGUGUUUACUGAAUUUGUUUAUCUCUUUAUUUAUCUAAUUUAAACUCUGAGUAGGAAAUGUGAUUGAUUAACUUGAGGUGCAUUUAUGUUUUUAAACAAUUUGUUUUGCAUUCGAGUACUUAUUUUAACGUGUGUAAAUUUGUUGAUGCUUCUUAUAAACAUUUUCUCUAUGAACCCAAGAGUGGUUCUUACUAAGUAAUAAACAUCUAUAAACAUGUAAAUGACUGCAUACUUAAAAGACUGAAUGUAAAUAGUGAAAUCUUUAUGUUUGUGCUUGUGAAUAAACACUGUAUUUACAUCUGUG